AUGUUCUUCCCAACCGGCCUCGUGGCCCUCAUCAUCACCCUUAUCAGCAUUUACGCAACGUCACAGUCUAUCACGUCCAUCGCCAACAUCAAAAAAUACGAGGCGAAAGCGGAGAAAGCAGCCGAGUGGAGCAACACGGCCAGGGACCGCCUCUGGGGCACACGUUACACCAUAGGAACUGGUUUUAUCUCUUGCCUAGUGUCUCUGAUUACGGCUGUGGCCUACCUGCUCUUCGUCCCUUCUGGCCCCGGCCUCCUCGCCGCCCCGUUGCAGAGCAUUGUUCCCGCUGUGCUCGCGGUGGCCCUCCGCUUCGGUGCCAGCAGGUACAUGCACGACUUUUGGGCGACAAAAGCCAAGGUACCACUAGUAGACCAAUACAAUGCGGCUAUCUCCCAGAGCAUGGAUGUCAUCGGCCUCUUGGAUGUGCUUUCCGUCGGUUGGGCUAUGGUGGCGGCGCUGAAGGCCCUGUCGCUGUGA